AUGAGCGAGUCAUACGUGGUUGUGUCGUCUGAGGUGAAAGAGCUGCAAGACCGGAUGGCAGCUCUGGUGGCGGGAGAACAUUACGAGGAAGCAUGCGUGGUCCGCGACAGCCUAGCUAUGAUGGAGUUUCGGAAGCGUUUGUUAGAGAUUCAGGCCAAACCGCGCAUUAUGUACCGUGUGGGAGAUGUCAUCGUGCACCGCAGAUACGGCUAUCGCGGCGUUGUGUACGGUCACGAUCCUGAGUGUUCAGCCCCUUCCAGCUGGCAAGAUGCGAUGAAAGUGGACCUAUUGACACAUGGGAGAAGCCAGCCCUUCUACCACGUCUUGGGAGCCUGA